AUGGGAAAAGAAGAAAUUAAUUCAACAAGAGGUGAUAAAAGUAAUUCAAAAAGAGAAAAACGGGAUGAUUAUAAUCGCCGUCAUCAAAAUCAUUCUCCAAAUUUAUAUUCAAAGACUAUAAGGCCAAAAAGUAAUACUAAUCAUAACAACAAUAAUCAAUUUAAUGAAUUAAAAGAAUUAUUAGUCAACAAGGAUCAAAAAAUUAAUAAUUUAGAAAAAGAAAUCGAUGAAUUAAGACGUUCAAGAUAUAAUUUAACUUCUGAUGAUCGUAAAGGAAAAUAUGGCUAUUCAAGUAAAUUUCUUACGAAGAGACCAGGAAGUUCAGUAAAAUUUUCUUUAAAUUAUAAUGACGAUAACAGUAAUAAUGAAAGCUUUGAAAAUUUUAAAAAAGACGACAUUGACGAAAAUGAAGAUCCAAACGAUGUUAAUAACGUAGUUAGAAGUUGUAAUAUCUCUCCAAAGGCAAAAUCGAGAACAGAAUCUUUAAGAACAGAUACGUCAUUAGCUACAACUAAUUCUACUCAAGUCCAUAGAAAUAAUACUUUUUUCAAAGUCAUCAUUGUUCCCUUUUUACAAAAAAUUAUUAAACAAUUUACUUCAAGUUUAGUCUUUAAAAAUAAAGCGUUAGAAUUACACCAAAGAUUUAACGAAAUGAUGGAUAUUCAUUUUAGUGAUUAUAAUAAAUUUAAUUUAUUAAAUGAUAUAUUAGAAGAUUUUUCGUUUCUAAACAUGCAACAUAUUGGCUUAUUAAAUAAAGAAAUUCAAUAUGAGAAAGCAUCUCAAGUAAUGGUUCAAAAUUAUAAUAACACCAAUAAUCAAUAUAGAGUACCUACUAGAGGAAACGCGGAAAAUUAUGAUGCCCAAGAUAGACCUCUACCAAGAACAUCUGGGAAUAGUUUCAAUGUCCAAUAUGGAUAUCAAUAUAUGGAACCAGUUAAUCUAGAAAAUAUAACGUCUUAUACCAAUAAUACACAAAGAGAACCAUAUAACUAUUCACCGUCAAGAAAAUCAUUUAUUACACAGAAUCAAAAUUAUGAUUUUUCUUAUAUGAAUCAAUAUGAAAGCACAAGUCAGACCAUGAAUAAUACUACUCCUGAUUUUCUUCAAAGAGACAAUAAUCAGAACAACAACAACCCUAGGCUUGAUCAUACAUGUGGUAGUGGGUUUGGAACUAAUCCUCCUCCGAUGGUAUCAUUAAGAAGUAUAGGGGACAAUAUACCUUCACCAGUAGAAAAGAAAUUUAAUAAAUUUAACCUCAAAAAAAAUAAUAAUUCGAAAUAUCCUUCCCACUCUCACCCGUCUCAGUCAAAUACAAUGUAUAAUUUCAACCAGGAAAAUAUGUAG